AUGCCGAGCGUGGACCAUGUGGAUGAGAAGGUGCUGGAUGUCCAGACGCAGGAGUACUACCGCUUCGGGGAGUCCACGUGGGACCUCUUCCUGUUCAUCGGAACGGGUGCGCUGGGUCCGCUCGGCUCCCUCCAGACCUUCCUUCUCGCCGUGGUCAGCAUGACCAUGCAGAUCGUCUUUACCGGCAUCGCUUGGUACAACUUCCUGACGCCCGAAGUGGACGAAGACACGGUCCGGGACGCCUUCCGCUGGCGUCGCUCCGCCGGCCACGCGCUGAACCA